AUGCUCGAACGGGCUGCAGGAUGUCUCGAGACUGCCGGCCAGGGUCUGUUACGGACCUGCAACGGCAUUCUACGCAGCCAGAAAUCUCUAGACUCGACCUUCUGGAAGCAGAGAACUUAUGACAGCAGUUGGCAGUCCCUUUCCCGACAAAUUGACAAAGUACAGCAUGGUCAAUCGACUCGGGAAUGCACAAGCUCCCACCAUCAUGCCCAUGAGCCUUUCCUCGACUUUCUCUACCCUGACAAAUGCCUUCUCCCCAUGGAAACCCAGCAUUCGACCGAGAGGAAAAAAACUGCCGACUAUGGUCAUCGACGUGUGACUUCCACGGUUUCUAGGCCUCGUUCCUCGAGAACAUUACACCUUUUCUCUCCGCGCCGUGAUGCCGUCAUUGGGAUAGAUGUUCCCCAGUUUUCGAGAGGCGCUCACACCGCAAUCCCGCCGGCCCAAGGACAUUCUCGGAGACAAAAUGUUUUGGACACCCUAUUAGACGAGACGCAGCAACAAGACAAUGAUGGUGUAUGGGAAAUGUGGCGCAAUAGCAACAAAGAGCCCGAGCUAAGGUCGCGCCUUAUGGACCACUUGGCUAGAUCACAACGAUUUAUUGAUGUCGAAAGGGCAAUAUCUCUACUGGAGGAAGUUGACCCUGACAAGCGGACUGCGGAUGAUUAUUCAUCGGUUAUUGUCUCUCUAUUCAGUGCUGGACAUACUUCGACAGUGUAUCAGCUUUGUGAAACAGCCUUAACGCAGCAAACCAAGGUGGAUGCUUUUGCCAUCGUUUUCAAAAUCUCGAUCACAGAAAAGAGAUGGCAAGAUACGCUAGGUUUUUGGAGAAAGGGCCAUGACAAGUUCGACUACAAAAGCUUUGGAUCUCUCGCCUCGUUGCAGGAUUUUCCUCAGUGUGUUUUAUCACUUCUUGAAUAUAUGAAGACAAUAAACGACUUGGAUGCCAAAUUACUGGAUGUCUUGUUAACAACAGUCUUUCAAUCCAAGGACGCCAUGGGAGACAUCAAGCUAGAGACGCUUCUUUCCCUGACACGAGAAUUCAGCGAUUUAGGAAUAAUCACGCAACAACAUUAUGAGCUUGGUAUCAAGACGUUAAUCAAAGUCAAAACGCGCUCCUCCUUCGUCACAGCUAUGGUUCUUUACCGCAAUUUUAGGUGGCACCUGAGCACUUGCGUUCCGCCCACCUCUAUUCUUCAUGGCCUGUUGGAAACUCUUGUUGAAUUGGGGAACCACCGCGGGGUCCAAUAUCUUCUCAAUGAUUUCACACACUUCCACAGAAAGCCGUCAGUCGAAGCAUACAAGAUUGCUCUCACGGUCUUUUCAAGACGCGGCGACUCGGAUAAAGCCAAGGAGCUCUUCGGUGAUUUACUGCGCGAUCAUGGAGCGCCAUCUCUUCAUGAUCCGGAUUACCCCCGUCUUCCGCGUCACAUUAAAUGGGUAGUUCCAAUAAUUCAUAGCUAUGCAUUAGUGGGCGACUACCCUCGAGCUAUAGAGGAAUUUAACAAAAUCAUUCCAAUAUACCGCUUGAACCCCAAUACUGUCGCCUGGAAUGCCCUCAUCUCGGCACCUGCAAACGCAAACUAUCUCAAAAAGGCUUUUCGGAUAUUCCGGCGAAUGCAAGUGAAGGGUGUCAAACCAAACCAAUACACAUACGCAAUAUUGAUGAAUCUUUGUGCGCGGUUGGGUAAUGUUAAAGCCGUAUUAGCACUUAGUGAAAUGGCCCAAGAAAACAAUAUUGAACUGACCACAUACCUGCUAUACCCUGUGGUGGACGCAUACUGUCGAAGUCAAUUCCUUGAUGAGGCGGAACAAAUGGCAGAGUCUAGCAUGUCUCUUGAACUCUCAGGCUCUCGUACUAUACUAUGGGAUCGUUUACUAUGGGCUCAUGCCUUUCGAGCAGAUAUGGAUUCGGUUUCCCGAAUCCACAAACGCAUGAAAGAAGCUCGGUUGCAAUUUACCGAGAAUACAUACGCCGCUAUGAUGCUUAGCUUUUGCAUUGUCGGACGACCUGACUCGGCGCGACGUCUUUUACGAGGUCUUCAGCGCAGCCGAAAGAUUCAUGCUUCAGAGUUCCUUUACACAAUCGUCCUUUAUGGCUUCGUCAAACAAGGAAAUCGGGACAUGGUCUACAUUAUUUACAAGGAAAUGUUAGCGAGGUUUGAGAACCCCGGUAUGAGUACACGCCUAUUAAUGUUGAGACACACCAUUGGGAGAGACACCCUCAAAGAUGUUGCGACUGGUGAUCCUUCCAACAGUCGUCUGGCAAUGUCUGAAGAUUACCUUUUCCGGGCCGUUUUCGACUUUGAAAAAACGGACUUUGCAAAGAAAAGUCCUCGCCCCGGAACGAGUAGCCUCCCCAUGAGCCAGGCAUUCCCUUCCCUGUACUACGAGCCUGUUUUGAAGGCGUACAGUAUGGAAGGAUUACACGGCAGGAAUGAAAGGCUACUCGCUGAAUACCGGCUAGAUGUUGAGGCUGCUAAAGCUUCUGGCAAACCUACUGUCACUCCUUCACUACGCUUCCUGUCCGUGUUGAUGCAAGUUUAUUUGUUGGCAGGGAAACUCGAAACGGUUGGAGAGUUCUGGAAGAUGGCAAAGCAGCGAGCUCUUGAUGUAUCGAGAGGGGUGAACAUCGAGUCACUGGCGAUAAAUAAGCGUCAACCUGCCUUGGCCACUGAUUCAACCGCAGGACCGGACAAGCAACAGCAGAGCAGCCUACCCGACUCUGCCAUGGUUCUUGAUUCAACCACAGCGCCAGUAGAGUACGCAACUCCACGUGGACCAUUUUACUUGGACCGAGAAGUGGUACCUGCCCAAGCCUAUAUUCUGUCGCGACAUCUCUCUCUAUACAUGCGAACAUUGGGUGAAAAUGGACAAACUGACCAGUUGCCGGAGUUGGUUAAAACACACAUAAGGCGAGGGUAUUCUUUAACUUCAGCGAACUGGCUGACUUACGUUCGAACACUUGCCGCCUCCCCAUUAGCAUCCGAACAAAUCGAUGCCUUUGUUACCUUUGAGCGUAUCUUCAUGCCUGCGUUUCCUGGUUGGCGCCGAUUGCGCCGUGGGGCUCAACUGCGACCACCCGAUGUACCCAGGACAAUUGACAUGCUUGAUAGCCGAAGAACGAAUGACCCGGAAACACUUGAGAAAGCCGGUGCCAGAUUGUGGACCAAAGUAGAUCCCACUUGGACAAGACCGACAUAUAACGUUAUGAUCUAUCUUGGUGCAGCCCUGAGAGACUUCAAGCGGAGAAGUCUCUAUGUCGGGACGGAGGAAAUGGAUACUUUAUACAAUGCCGCCCCGCAGACCCUGGAAGCACUGGCUUACAUGCCACACUGGCGUGAGAAAUAUCAAGGUGUUCUCCUCCGCGAUCAACCGGAGCGAAUCGAUCCUGCUAAGAAAGCGGGCAAUCCGUACGUGUGGACCGGGGGUAUUCUUGGAGUCGAUGGACAUGUACGACCCAAACUUCGCGGCGGAGCUGAACACGCAAGAUACGAACUUUCCGAGCUUGAAGCCACCCUUCCAUCACCCCAAUCUGAUCAGGCAGACGCCCAAGAACCGCCACAGAGCGAGGAUGUCUCUGAAGCCAAAGACUAUGAUCCUGCUGAGAUUGAUGAUAGAGAACGCGUACAGGCUCCCGAGGACGAGCACGACAUGGAGCUGGAGACGACCAUUGAAUUGCAACGCCGCAAUCUCGGGGUUGAUUCUGUCAGAAACGAAAUGUUACGCGACCAGAAGAAGUAA